CCGGUCUGGAGAUCAUUUGCUGUUUUAUUAUUGUGGCCAUGGCGACUUACAAAAGCCACUCGUACCGCUCGAUUUUCUAGAGAACGGUUUCAUCAAGAUCUCAGGUGUCCAAGAUAUUCUGACCUCGCAGCAAAAUCCUGGGGUGCUGAUGACGGUUAUCAUCGACUGGUAUAAACACCAGCAGGUAUAUACUAUAAAGGGAUCUGUUUGGCAAUUAACGCCAAAGGAAAUCACUAUAUUAGACCGUUUCUGCGCGAGAAAUGGCAUCCAGAAAAAGCAGGUUUCUGAACUUGCUAAUCUUAAAUCGACGCCGCUUGUUGUCCUUGAACGAGACUCACAAACUGACAAACUUCACUUUAAUCAAGGAAUUAUCGAGAUCGUUUUUCGUCGACUCGUCGGUGCCGUUAGGUGUAAUGCUAUGUUAAGCUUGACCGCUGCUGAUUCAAGCUCGAUGCUCGAAUAUAGGGAUAGUAUCACUGAGGUUAAGACUACUGCUGAGCUCAAGGUUAAUGGAAAGACCUACCACAAUACUUUCACCGGCAAGGCUAUAAUCGACUGGUUAAUGAACUAUUCUACCAUUAUGGAAGAGCGCGAAGCCGUUGCAGUUGCCACUCUUUUCGUGGCCUACAACCUAAUAAAGCAUGCUAUCUAUCAAUUAACGCAACGCGCUAAGGACCUCAUCAAUGGCUCAAGUUCACUACGACCAUCUCCAGAGAGGGAGCACUAUACUAGCUACCAGCGGAACGAGAUCCGUCAGCGCGACUUCUCUUCCGCGAGCAAUCCCGAGACAUAUUGCGAGGAGAACCUGACAUUCUACCAAGACGUGGAUGAGUUUAUAUGGAAUAGUAAGAGAAUCUAUCAUGCCUUCCUUGCUGCUGGCUCGCCUUGCGAGCUUAAUAUUGACCACCAGCUGAGGAACAGUCUUACAACGCGGAUGACCAAGGCUGUAAGUCAGGUCGCUAACAUGAUCAAUACUCUUGAAGAAGUGAUAUUUUUAUUCGAGGAAGCUCAAGAUGUUGUAUUCAAAUUAAUGGCUAGCGACUUGGGGCCAAAAUUUCUGAACAACCCUAAGUACUAG